GAAAGAGCGAGAGCGCGAGGACAGACUUGAACAGGCUUGAACACACUAAGGCCGCCGCCUUCACCGCCCGCUAAGGUCCUUUUGUUUGAAAGUUUUGUUUUUGGUACAUGUUUCGUACUGAACUACGAGAUAAUGCUGGUCGGGUUUAUGCGUUCCUUUUAGUGCUUGUCCCUCCUUUCUGACGGUUGUCGAAUCCACCUUCGUUGGGAAUUGGCUGCAAGGUAUUUUUCCGGAUCUCGGCUUUCCCCUCUCUCGUCGUUCUCUUGGUGCUAUAUUGUACUACUAUGCACUGUACAGUAUAUUUCAUCGAUGAAUGAGUUUCAGAAUGCUUCCAGUAAACAUACAACUAUUUUAAACUGGCUUGUUAUAGAGCGUGUCUUUCUCAAUUUCAUUUUGAAUGACUUCUAUUCGUGAUCCAGUAAUAGAUGCAACAUCACAUAGAAUUUUCAUGCCUUUGAGUUGUACGGUGAGCUAAUUUAAAGAAAAGUUCCACAUGGUAGGAAAACGAGUACGGUAAUUUUUUGUUCAUUUUCCUCAAGUGGACCCUCGUCCCGACCUUACUUUCUUUUGGGAACAAGAGAACUCGGAGUCUGAAUCGCCAGAAAACGUUGUUGAUUGGCGUACAUCCACAACACUCUCCAUCCUUACAUACAUGUAUAUUGUUAGGGUUACAGUGAAAAAGGAGAGCGCUACUUGUUUACUUGUUUGUGGAACUUGAACCAGACUUUAACGUUUGAGGUAGGUGAUGAUUGAUUGAAUGGCGGCCAGGUGGAACCAAACAUUGAAUGAGACUUGACCUAAAAAGUGCAGUUGUCGGAGGUUGACAUUUGGACCGGAAAACACGUGGACAAAAAGGAAUGAUAUGCUUAAUAUUGCACCAACUAUAGGAAGACAUCGAGUUAACCCGAGAAAGAGAGCUCAAAAUCCUCUACCGGAUGCAGUACAUACCAGGCUGAAACGAAACAAAAAUCAAGGAACCGUUGGGCUUGAUUAAUGCGACGAGACCGUGGUGGUCACUUACUCAUUCCGAGGAUCUCAAUCAACCCCAUGAAUAUGACGACUGUUUUCCAGUCCUCGGAGGCUGAUUUUAGGUGCGCGCUAUCAGGCACGAACCUUGCGUUGUACUCUAGAGCACAAAAAAAUAAUAAACGCGUACUAAUACACUGUACAAUGCUGGUAUACUACUACUACUACUAUAUGCUAUGCUUCUAUGCUUGGACCGCGGCGAUCAACGUACUUGUAGCACGUGCGUUACCGCCUGUCUUCGACUUCUUCCUCGUCUGCUUGUUCUGUUGCGGUCUUCAUUCUUAGGCUAGAAGGCUGUCGAUUGGCUGGUGAAGGACCGACUUGUCUCGAUCUUUCGAGGCACCGAGCUUGCUUACAGUCUGGGAUGGAUGUCCUUUUUUCCUCUCCUCGCUAAGCCACAGAUCGAGAGCGUGUUUUAACCUUGACAGUCACGGAUUAGAAGAAGACCAGCAGGAGGAUCGGAGAGUCUGAGGAUGAAGACGGCCAAAGGGACGAGAUCAGUUUCCCUCUGGGGAGAACAAGAAAAGGAGAGGAGUCCGAGGACACGAACAAGAACACGAAGUGAGGGAAAUGCCGGUUCGGAGUGAAGGAAAAACGAACUAGCUGGCCACGGUGUCGUUACAACAAACGUUCUCUCUCAGUCCCUCGGUCUCUCCCUCUCUUAAAGGCUGAUCGCGCCAGACGAGGCACCAACGCUGCCAGAGUUUGGAGCGUAGAGCCUCAGAGCCGGUGUGCCCAACAACGCUUGCUUGCUUGCUUGCUUGCUUGCUUGCUUGCUUGUACACAUACGUACUCUAGACAUUCAGACAGGCCUCGCGAUGUCCUCUUCAUCAAACGAAUACAUGUGGACCGGCCUCGUGAGCUCGGAGAAAAAGAGCUUCGUCUUGUCAAUUCAAGUAAUAAGCUGACUACCUUGGUUCAUUCGAGUAUUGAAGCCACAGUGAGAGAGCAUGCAGUAAAUGCAGGAGCGAAGUUGAUACUUAUCACUAUUUUUUGAACGACAUAUCAACCAUAACGGCUCAAGCUAACAAGUUUUCAUGUUCAUAUUGUUUCAACAUACAAGAAUUGAGUGCGCUCUAAGGGUCGAUUAGGAGGUCCAACCAUUGAAGAAAGCAUGAGUUUGGCCCCAAACUCUAUAACGUACACGAUUGAAACGUCAGUGUUUCUUUUGAUAUCCACAUCCUAUUCCUACAUCCCGAGUUCAAGAAGUACACACACUGUCAUGAAGAGUGGUAGUGCGACAAUUUAUUAAACCAUUUCAACCAAAUUCCCUCCAAAAGCAGUGCUCAGUGAUUCCGAAUUCAAAAAGCUGAAGACGGCUAUCUUAACGAAUUCACAUCAGUAUCCACAUAUCUACUUAACAUUCUAGAACAGUCACAAGAGAUGAGGCAACCGUGUUUAAUAUCGCUCAUUCCACAACCCAAUAGCUUGCAAUUGACACUUAAAAAUGACGUCCACUCGCAGUUUCCCCAAGAUUCAAGAGUACUCUAAACGAAGUCGAAGCCCCCAUCAUAACCAUGGUUUUCACCACCAAUCAAACAGUAACCACUCAGGUCAGGGAUCUUCUCCGAGUUGUAGCAACAGUAGCAGUAAUGGAAGCCCGAAUCAAUCUGCCGAUCAAAACGAGUCAAUGUCUCAGAACCAAAUUGUAGGUAGCUACUCGAAUAUCAUCCAGAAUCUCAUUGACGGCAAGCUCUCUGUGAGUGGUAUCAGAUCCAGUGGGAGUAGUACCAAGAACUCCUCGUCGACCACGAGCAACGGAAGCCCAUCGUUCAGCUCUAAUUCAAGUGGACACCACCAAUCGUCCGAAAUGACUAUGGAGAAUCAACCUGCUCAGGCUUUUUUGGGGCCAAAAAUAUGGGAGAAAACCAUGGCUUUCGAAGAUGACUUCAAGUUGGAGUACAUGGAUUUGGAUGAGUUUCUCACUGAGAAUGAUCUCCCCAUCGAGACAGUCCUGCAAGAACAGCAACAAAUUGACAAUGAAAUGCAUAGACAAGGACCUCAACAACAACAGCAGCAGCAGCAGCAGCAACAACAACAACAACAACAACAACCCUCUACCCCAACAUUGGAGGGGGGAGGGGGCCAGGGUAAACUUUCUCAAUCACAUAUGUUACCCCCGCAACAGCAACAACAUUCAUCAUCUCAACAACAACAACUUCAACAGCAACAACAUCAGCAACAACUGCCUCAUGGCCCUCAUAUUCCUGUCCAAAUGGUCUCACCACAGCAAUUAUCGUCAGGCAAUGGAUUGCAACCGUCGUUGAGCAAUGGACACAUUUCGUCCACAGCUCAAUGUACUAACUCUUCCUCUGACAAUGCAACUGAGCAGCAACAACAAGUUCUUUUAAGGACGAAUGGAUCACAUCCUCUACAAAGACAACAACAGCAGCAGCAACAGCAGCAGCAACAACCACAACAACCAUCACAACAAAUGAAUAACCAGCUACAACAUCCAGAAAUGGCAGAGAGAACAUCAUGUCAAAGUAACCAGAACCCUCAAGUUCGACAACAACAGCAGCAACAGCAACAACAACAACAGCAACACUCUCCUUUAGACGAGUACAGACCGCUAAGCUUAAAGCGAAGCUCAUCCAUGUGUUCUCCUAGUGGCCUCAAUUCCUCUUACUGCUCAGACAAGACAUCACCGGAAUUGCCCAAUCAAGGGCCAGGUGACAAUGGCCAGAGAUAUCCCCAAGGCAUCCCCGGGCCAUUGUACAAUCCAUUCCAUUCCAAUAUGCAUUUCUCUCAAGAUGACGAUGACGAUGACUAUUGCUCGGACGAUCUCUCUAAUAAGGGCAAGCUUUUGGGUUGCAUCCCCUUUCAUGACGAAGACUUGAAACCCUCUCCCUUGGUGAGAAAGCGGAAGAAGCAAAUGGUUCACGACGAGCUCAAGGAUGAAAAGUAUUGGGAGCGGCGAAGGAAGAAUAACAUGGCUGCCAAACGAAGUCGAGAUGCCCGAAGGGCCAAAGAGAAUCAAAUUGCCAUACGAGCCUCAUUCCUGGAACACGAAAACAAAUCCUUGUCCGAAGAGCUAAGUAAAGUCAGGGCGGAGAACCAAUUAUUGCGAGAGCGGCUGUGCAAGUAUGAGGUUCUCUAAACCGCUUCAACGUCAUGUGGAUCAUGUGAAACUUAGUACAAUGAGUGGUGGAUCAAUCCAACCCAAUUAUUUUUGUUGUCAAGUCAACUUCUCCAUCUUGGGCCAAGGUGUCAAGUGCAUCCAUCCCCAUCUCGUUUCGAAUCCUCACACAAACGCAUCCUUAUCCUAGACAAUUUCUGUGUGAAAGAAAGGCUCUCUCCGUGUGAGGGCUCUUUUUUUUGAUCAAGUCUCGGCGUUUUUUUAGUCUUGUUAGCUGCACCCUCUCGGAAGAACAUGAAAUGACGGAAACCGUUGGUUUGCCUUUGUGGUGGCUUGUCAUGGACAGAGCGUUGAAAUUUGACUGCUACUUCAAAGGCUUCCCUUUAAGUUCAGAGUGUAUUCGGACAGUAUUGUGGCACUGAAGAAAGGGCAGUGGAAAAAGGUCCUGUCUGAACGAAGACCUAAAUGUCCUUAAUGAAAGAAGACUUGGAGAGAAGCGCGUCUAAUCCGUCUAGGCUUUUAAAGGCUGCAAAGACGACAAGGACCAACCUCUGAGAGCUGGGAUUUCAUUUCAGUGGUCUGUAGUGGCGUUGAAUCACCAAUGGUUUUCUUCGCGGGUUUCACUCUCAGAUUGGAAAAUGUGACCCUCACUUUCAGUACUAAGGAAUCCCGUUCCGAGAAAAUACCCCUCCUUUAAGAAACCCAAUUGUGAUAGUGGAGAACCUAUGGAAAACCCCAUAUACAUUUUUAGGAUGCAUCCAUUCAUACACGACUUGCUUGAUGAAAUCCAUGACGAAUUCAUCUCUGUCCCAGUCCCUCCGGGCUUCCUUGUUCAUUUCCUAAUUACGACUCGUGUGUACCACUGGUGGGGCAAAUGAAACAGAUAUCUUGGAUUCAAAGGGAUCUCUGUUACUUACGAUACAGCAUUACCAACAAAACAUUUAUACUUUGAAUCCAUUUUACCAUAAUUUUCAUUAUAUUGGAACCCCGCAACCCCCGCCACUACUACUGAAACAAUAACAACAACAACAAUUCAAGCCAACAUGAUGUCAUAAAUAAUACUGUCCUCAAAUGAACAAACUACUUUUCUACACGGUGGUUAGAAUACCUAGACAAGACAAAUUUGAAUGUCAGAGCUUACUGAGAAAUAAAAGUCUUGGUUUUUCAAAAGUA